UCUCCAUCCUCUUCACCACAAUCUUCAUUCACCGAGUUUGCAAAAACAAAAGCAAACCCAACUCUGCAAAACCGAACAUGAAAUCCAUUUCAAAUUUCAAAUUCCUCCUAGCCUUUUUUGGAACACUUUUACUAACCCUAACCCUCCUGUUCGUUGAAAGAACGUCUAGUCCAGUUCCAUCCAGUCUAAUCCGGAACGGGGUCCUAAUUGAGUCCUUAAUUAAUCCCCUCCUUCGCAUCAUCUACACUCACCCCACCUUUCUCUUGUCUUGCAUUUGGUGCCUUUUCCUUUCCAUCUUUUACUACUACAUCUCUAGUCCCAACCCAGUUUUUCUCCUGGACUUCUCGUGCUUCAAACCAAACCCUAACCAAAAAUGCAGCUACAAAGCCUCUGAGCACUUUGUAUUCAGGACGAAUCGCUUCAGCGAGGAAAGCCAAGAAUUCAUGCGUAAAAUCUACCUCAAAUCAGGCCUAGGGGACGAAACAUAUGCACCAAAAUUCGUCUUCCAACCCAACCCGAAAGCCGACCUCAAAUCAGCCAUUGAUGAAGCUCAAGAAGGCAUGUUCUCGUCGAUCAACUCACUCCUCUCAAAAACCAACAUCGACCCAAGUCUUAUCGAUUGCCUUAUUGUAACAUGUGGCAGCUUCUCCCCCAUGCCCUCCCUCACAUCCCUCAUUGUCAACCAUUUCAAGCUCAAAUCCGACUUAAAAACCUACAAUUUAAGUGGCAUGGGGUGUAGUUCGGGAGUAAUAUCAAUCGAUUUAGCUGCCAACGUACUAAAGCACAGUAAAAAAAUUGGUUAUGCUCUUGUGGUCAUAAUCGAAACUAUUAGCUUGAAUUGGUACUAUGGUGAUAGCCGUCCCAUGCUUGUAACAAAUUGUAUUUUUCGCGUCGGUUGUGUGGCCGCAAUGAUCACAAACGAUCCGAGUUGUCGCAGAGUUGCCAAGAUGGAACUCGUUCACUCGCUUCGAACUCACCACGGAGCGAAUGACCGAGCUUAUAAAGCUGCAUUUCAAGAGGAGGAUGACAAGGGAUGUACUGGGUUUUCACUAACUAAAGAUUUGAUUCCAGUCGCAGGCAUGUUUUUACGUGAACACAUCAAGAUUCUGGGUCCCCGAGUUCUACCACUGAGUCAACUCGGUCUGUAUGUCUACUCGGUAAUUCGUUCUACAAUGACGAGGGGUGCGUCGAAACCAAUCGUCCCGGAUUUCACCAAGGCUUUUGAUCAUUUUUGUAUUCACACGGGAGGGAAAGCGGUGAUCGAGCAAGUUGGUCGGGUUUUGAGAUUGGGGAAAGAGUUCACUGAGCCCGCUCGGAUGACUUUGCACCGAUUCGGGAACACUUCGAGUAGUCUUGUGUUUUAUGAGUUGGCAUAUCUUGAAGCUAAAGGGAGAGUUAAGAAAGGAGAUAGGGUGUGGAUGUUAGGUUUUGGGACUGGGUUUAAGGUUGGUAGCCUUGUUUGGAAGGCACUUUUAGAUUUGGGAAAUGAGAGGGAUAAUCCCUGGAGUGAUUGCAUCGACAGUUACCCAUUGAAGUCAUGGUAAAUCUGAUAAGGCUAAGUCAUACAAAUUAGUCAGAAAAUUUAGGUGGCUUUUGGUAUGCAAUUCAAUUAGGAAAUUCGAAAAUUUUAAUUUUUCUUAAAAAUAAGGAGUUCUAUAUAAAUAGAUAUUUUCUAUUUCAAGUAUUUGAGUGUUUUUUAGUUUAGGUUUUCAAAA